AACCCCUCCACACGCACAACACCACCACCCCUCAAAAUUUCUGAGCAAAAACAGAGAUUUGCCUUUGAAUCUCCACAAACCCUAUGCGGAGCUAAUCGGAGAUCAGUAGAUUAAUCAUGGCAUUUUCACGGCGGUUAAUCGGAGUAAGCAUUCUAAGUUGUCUUCUUCUUCUAUCAUCAACCGCUACCGGCGAAGAUGAUAUCUCACGCGCCGCCCCAGCUAAUGCAUCGAGCUCCUGUAACAAUCCUUAUCGAAUGGUUCUGGUGAAGUUAUGGAUUGAUGGUGCUGAGCAUGAAUCAAUAGGUGGCUUAAGUGCGGCAUUUGGGUCUCUUUUAUCCACUGAUAUUAAAAAUGCCCCUAGAUUGCCUGCUACUUACACAAAACCCUUGAAUGGCUGUUCCAGCUCCUCUUUUAAGUUAUCAGGCUCCAUUGCACUAGCUCUUCGCGGUCAAUGUGAUUUUCUGACGAAGGCUACGGUUGCACAAGCAGGAGGUGCUGCAGGGAUUGUGCUGAUAAAUGAUCAAGAAGAUCUUCUGGAGAUUGCUUGUCCUAACAAUUUUACGGUAUCAAACAUAACAAUUCCUGUUGUAACCAUUUCAAAAGCUGGAGGAGAUGUCAUAGACAAAUAUAUCUCUGCUGGAAAGAAAGUGGAGAUUAUGUUUUAUUCGCCAGAUCGCCCCAUUCUGGACUACUCAGCAAUGUUCUUAUGGAUGAUGGCUGUUGGCACAAUUUUUUGUGCAUCUUUUUGGUCGGAGUUUACUACAUCUAAGGAAAGCAAUUUCAAUCAACAGUCACCAGAGGUGAUUGCUGGAGGUUCCAGAGAAGAAGAUGACAAGGAGAUUAUAAAUAUCACUACAAGGAGUGCUUUUGUGUUUGUCAUCACAGCGUCUAUGUUUCUGUUGCUACUUUACUUUUUCAUGUCUUCUUGGUUUGUCUGGCUGCUGAUAAUACUUUUCGCUAUUGGUGGAGUUGAGGGAAUGCAUAGUUGUAUAAUAUCCCUGGUAUCGAGCAAAUGUAAAGGUUGUGGAAGGAAGAAGUUGAAUUUGCCGCUUCUUGGGGAGAUUUCUAUUCUUUCUCUUGUGGUCUUGAUAUUAUGUGUGGCAUUUGCAAUCUUCUGGGCAGCAACUAGGAAAUCAUCAUACUCUUGGAUUGGCCAAGAUAUUCUGGGAAUUUGUUUGAUGAUAACUGUUCUGCAGUUGGCUCAGUUGCCUAAUAUAAAGGUUGCUACGGUGCUUCUGUGUUGUGCAUUUCUCUACGACAUCUUUUGGGUUUUCCUUUCGCCUGCUAUAUUCCAUGACAGUGUAAUGAUUGCAGUUGCCCGUGGUGACAAUGCUGGCGGAGAAUCCAUCCCAAUGCUUCUGAGAGUUCCUCGAGUAUCAGAUCCUUACGGUGGCUAUGAUAUGAUUGGUUUUGGGGAUAUUCUCUUUCCUGGUUUACUGGUUUGUUUUGCUUUCAGAUUUGACAAAGCUAGAAGGAAGAGUGUACUAAGUGGAUACUACAUCUGGAUGAUGGUUGGUUAUGGAAUUGGUCUUUUAUUCACGUACUUGGGCUUGUAUCUAAUGAACGGUCAUGGGCAACCUGCUCUUCUAUAUCUUGUGCCCUGCACACUAGGAGUUUAUGUGGUGCUGGGAUUGCUGAGGGGAGAACUUAAAUACCUAUGGAACUAUGAUAGCGAAUCAACAAAAGUUGCAGACUCGCUAUUGGAAGACGCCUGAUAGAUAUAUAGAUGGGAGAAGAAAUAUUAAAUCUACAAACACAAGCCAAUUGGUGUAUAAGCUGUUCAUAGAAUUAAGUUCCAGGAAGUUCUUGGCUGUGUUGCAUAUGUAUAUUUUCCGUUCGCGACAGUGAUUUUUCUUUCACCUUCAAUUCCCACUGCAGCUAUUCUUGAUCAAUAUGUAACAUUACAGUAAUCAUAUAAAAAGGAGAAGUUAUAAUGA